AUGGCCACCGGUGAGGAGAUCGACCGCAUCGCCGUUGUUGCCUCUGCGGUAACAUGGCCGUUCGCAUGUAUCAGCACUAUACUAUUCUUCAUGCGCAUAUUUGCACAGUCACGACAUACGACUCAAAAUUCUUACUGGGAGGACAUCAUGUUAACCCUUUCUUGGGGUUUUGCUAUAGUGCAAGCUUCUGUUUUUCAGGUAGCACUGAAUGCCGCGAAGGAUCUCGACGCCACCAAUUUACCGGUCACCGUUCCCAAGGCUGCUUUCUGGGCAAUCAUGUCGAACAAUUGGUCAUUUCUAAGCAUAGAGCUUCCGAAAGUCUGCAUCGCUAUUCUACUUGUUCGACUAUUUCGCCCGGCACUCUGGCUCCGAAUUGUCAUCUGGGGUCUUUGCGUGACAAUUAACGUACUGGCAGUUGUCGGCUUCAUAAUAACCUGGGUGAUGUGUAACCCGGUGGCGGCACAAUGGAAUCCCUACAAAUAUCCCACGGCCAAGUGUUGGCCUCGCUCGAUCCAGAUCACCUACGCCUGCGUACUAUGCGGUAUCUCCUCGUUCAUCAAUAUCGCCUUCUCCGUAUACCCAGCCAUUGUGGUUUGGAAGCUGCAAAUGGCCCGCUGGAAGAAAAUCAGUACAAUUGGACUUAUGAGCUUGGGGCUGGUGGCUUUCGCCUUUUCUGUGGUCAAACUUUAUUUUAUGACAUUUUUGCUUGACGGCCCACAACCUUUGGACCUCAUCUACCUCUGUGCGCAACUCGGCAUUUGGAAUCGUAUCGAGAAUGAUUUUGUUCUGAUGGUCGGCCUUUUGCCUUUCGUGCCUGCAUUCUUCCAGGCCUGUACGAACCGAAACAAAACGCAUACCUCCUCGAACGGCUCACACUUCAAGGGUGAUCACUAUUUUUCUAUAAAUUCCAAAAAACAGCGCAAAGACGGCGAGGACGAGCUUGAAGUUGAACUGGCCUCGCUUGCGCGUCUCAAAGGGGCUGCCUCAUCCUCUCUCAGUGUUGACAGGAGUAACGAAGGAAAGCUAGCUAAGCCUGCGAGUUUCUCCUAA